AUGGGAACUCUCAAAAAUAGGUUGAGUUUCUUUGUAAUUUUGGGCACACUAGUUUUUAGCAUUGAGGCAAAUAUUGGAGAGUUUGAUGAGGUAUGGAGGACUCGAGCCAACCAAGCAAAUAAAAAUGCUAAAGAAUACUAUGAUCCUCAUCCUGAAAAAGUUGCAGAUAAUCUCAACAAACAUGUUCACAGGUCAGAAGAAGGUAGCAAUAGCAAAAGAAGGGACUUGCACAAGUACAAUGGUCCAUGUAUGGCUACUAACCCUAUUGAUCGUUGCUGGAGAUGUGACCCACAUUGGGCUAAAAAUCGCCAGAAGCUAGCAGAUUGUGUUCUUGGAUUUGGCCACCAUACGACUGGUGGCAAAGGUGGCAAAAUCUAUGUAGUAACUGACCCUGGGGACAACGAUAUGGUGAAUCCUAAGCCAGGGACACUGCGUCAUGCAGUCAUUCAGCCAGGGCCACUAUGGAUCAUAUUUGCACAUCACAUGAUCAUUAAGCUUAAUCAGGAACUUAUCAUGACAAGCAACAAGACAAUUGAUGCCAGAGGGCAGCAAGUGCAUAUUACUGGUGGUGCUAGUUUGAUGUUACAGUACAUAAACAAUGUGAUUAUUCAUGGUCUUCAUAUCCAUGAUAUAAAGGCUGGAAAUGGUGGACUAAUUAGAGACUCGAUCAAUCAUUAUGGUUUUCGAACAAGAAGUGAUGGUGAUGGUAUUUCAAUCUUUGGAUCAACAAACAUUUGGAUUGAUCAUGUUUCCAUGUCUAAUUGUGAUGAUGGACUCAUUGAUGCUGUGCAGGCUUCAACUGCUAUUACCAUUUCCAACUGCCAUUUCACCCACCAUAAUGACGUUAUGUUGUUUGGAGCAAGUGACAGCUACUCACAGGACUCAAUUCUACAAAUAACACUUGCUUUUAAUCACUUUGGCCAAGGGCUGAUCCAGAGGAUGCCAAGAGUGAGAUGGGGAUUUGUUCAUGCUGUCAACAAUGACUAUACUCACUGGCUAAUGUAUGCCAUUGGUGGAAGUCAACAUCCCACCAUCCUCAGCCAGGGCAAUCGUUUCAUCGCCCCGCCUAACCCUAAUGCCAAAGAGGUGACCAAAAGGGAUGAUGCACCUGAGAGUGUGUGGAAGGAUUGGGUGUGGAGAUCACAGGGAGAUCUGAUGAUGAACGGAGCCUUCUUCGUGGAAUCUGGAAAUCACAAUCAUAAAUUCAUGAAGGGUCCUGAUAUGAUCCACCCCAGGGAAGGAUCAGACGCGGGCAGGCUAACAAGAUUUUCAGGCUCUUUGAACUGCAUUGAGGGGAAGCCUUGUUAGAGCUUGUCUGUACCAAGUUACUAAUAGAAAUAAGACUUGAAACAAUAGAAGUCAGUUUGCUCCCUUUCUCCUUUCACAUGCAAAGCUGGUAAGUAGAAGGGGAGAAUGAGUGUGAGCUAAGAAGGAAAAACUUUUAGGUUUUUGAUGCUCUGUGCUUCUGUAAAUUCUUGAUACGAUGUCCUUUUACCUUCUAUCAAUGUAAAAGUGACAAAUCAAAUAAAACUGCAAUUUAAAUUGAUAAAGCUAUUUUUCAUAAUACUUGGACAUUCACACAUUUGGAUGCUGUUGCCACUGAAACAACAAGGUGCUCUUG